AUUGUGGGUUCCCAUGGCACGGAGCUUGCAGGCAAAAGGAUCGUCCUAUGCGUGGCAGGAAGCGUGGCCGCCUACAAGGCCAUCGAGCUGGCAAGGCUCCUUAUGAGACACGGGGCCGAUGUCACCUGUGUGGCAAGCCCGGCCGCAACCAGCCUGAUCCGGCCAGACUACUUUGAGUGGGCUACGGGAAACGAUGUGGUUACAAAGCUCACAGGCAAGUUGGAGCAUGUGCAGCUGGCAGAUUACGGGCGGUCAGACGCCAUAGUGGUGUAUCCGGCAACGGCAAACACGCUGGGCAAGCUGGCAAACGGCAUAGAUGACACGCCGGUCUCCGCGGUUCUGACGGUGGGCCUUGGGGCAAAGAUUCCGAUCAUAAUGUGCCUGGCGAUGCACGAGGCAAUGUAUGAGAAUGCGGCAGUCAAGCGAAACAUCCUCUUUCUCAAGGACGAGGUGUCCUUUGUAUCGCCAAACGUGACAGAGGGGAAGGCAAAGGCCCCGGAGCCCGAGGGCGUGCUGGACUUUGUCCUGCGCAAGUUUGGGCGCUCUGGCGUGCUUGCCGGUAAGAGGGUGCUCAUGACGGCUGGGCCCACCGUCGAACACAUCGAUCCCGUGCGCGUCAUCACCAAUACCAGCUCGGGCAGAACCGGGGUGUCAGUGGCCCGGGAGCUGGUAUCGGCUGGCGCCAGCGUUACCAUGAUCUACGGCCCGGGAUCCCAGAGCCCGCCGGCCGGGAUCCGGGUGAUCCCAGUCAGGACGACGCAGGAGAUGGCAGACGCGCUUGGGGGGGAGCUGGGGAAGAAGUUUGAUGUUGUAAUAAUGGCGGCGGCCGCUGCCGACUAUACCCCCAAAAACCCCAGCGGCAAAAAGAUCAAGAGCUCAGAGUCCGACAUGCAGAUAUCCCUGAGGAGGGUGCCCAAGAUGAUCAACCAGGUAAGGGCCCUGCAGAGGGAUGCCCUUCUGGUGGGAUUCAAGGCCGAGGCCGGCGUAUCCAGAGCUGAUCUGGUGGCAGAGGCCAGAAGAAAGAUCGCAGAGACGGGGGCCGAUUUUGUGGUCGCAAACGACAUAGGAACCAAAAGGUACAGGCAGAAUCCCGCAUGCAACGAGGUGGUAAUAGUUGACUCUGAUACCGCCGUCCCCUCUGGAUGGAAGCCAAAGGAAGAGAUAGCAGGCGUUAUAGUGCGGGAGAUAGAGCGGCGGAUUGCCUAG